AUGCUCAGCUCAUCCAGCAAAUCCUCCUCAUCGUCAGAUCAGAGAAUCAUCUCAUUUUCCAUCAAUAAGAAGGAAAUUAUUGAAAAAUUCCCACCAUCCUUCUUUUCCAAAAACAAAGUCUUUCUCUAUUCUCUACACUCUGAUCAAUUGGAUUAUGAAGGUGAUUUAAUUUAUUCGAGAUUUAAAGCAAGGACUCGACCAAAAGCCUAUAAGAAGGAAGUUGCAGAAGAUCAGGUGUGUGAGGUGAUUGUUUCAAGUGAUGGUUUCAAGUAUGAUGAAAAGUUGAAGGUUGGGGAGGAGAAUGCCAAGCAUUGGUAUUUGAAUUUUGCAGAUGAGAGAUUGUUUAUUGCUUGGAAAGGUCAAUUGUUUGCUCAGGAUGAGAUUCAAGUUUGUGAACAUCCAAUUUUGGGAAGUUUGUGUGAAUAUUUGAGAAAGGAAAGUUUAAAUGAUGCAAGAUAUAGUCCAAUAACUCAACAAACAUCUCCCACUCCAGUAUUGAUUCAGAAUGUGGAUAGAAGAAUUGCAGUCAAUGUUAAAGACUAUAAUAUUUAUGGAAAUAACUUUGCCAAGGCAUCUACUGAUAUUAUUGAACAAGCAACAACUGUUUUGGACAUGAAAACGAAUAGAAAAUCAAAUAUUUUGGCAAUUAGUGCACCUAGAGGUGGACAUGGAGAGUACAAAUUGGGAGAAGUUAAUUUCAUAUUCGAUACUUUAUAUAGUGGAUUUAAGGCAUGUUGCAUGGAUACUGAAAUGUAUGCCCAGGAUCCAGAAAAUCCACCAACUGUUGUCAUUCACACAGGUAAUUUUGGUUGUGGUGCCUUUGGUAACAAUAGAGAAUUGAUAGCAAUUCUUCAAAUAUUGGCAGCAAGAAUGGCAGGUAUCAAGUAUCUAUAUUAUCAUGCAUUCAGUGAGGAAGGUGUAAAAUCUGUCAAAAAGGCCAUUAAGGUAAUUGAUGAAGAAUUUGAUUUGGUAUGCAAAGAUCCAUCCGAUAUAGAAGGUAAUUUAGUUUCCCUUAAUAAGCUUUUCGAUAUGAUUUUACAAAAAGGAUAUAAAUGGGGUUUUUCCGAUGGAAAUUAA